CUCUCUCGAGCCUCAGAGUUUGUUCCCUGACCUCGAGUCAAGGAGACUGAAUGUCAGUCGAGACAAACAGACGAGCUCGCCGGAGUUGUGACGUGGAGGAGUCCUGACACUCUUCGGGAGGACUGGAACUAGUGAUUGCUGGCUGUAUGACUGUCGACCAGCGACAUUCGAAUCUGUCGAAGAGACUUGCAGGAUUAGAAAUUUAGUAGAAAUUUGCGCUUGUAAGUGCACAUCGUUUUGAGCUAUGGCUGGCACCGGGAAUUGGCAGGAUGGGGAUGCUAAGGGCGAGCCCGGCUCGUCAUUGCAUGGAUUGACUGGUAAGGAGCCUGUUUUCCAGAUGACUAUGGAGACUGUGGGCGAGGGCAAAGGCGAGCGAGAAGCCACUGAUCUCAGGGGAAGGAAGUUUGCUCUUCCGGUCGAUUCCGAGCACAAGGCUAAGACCGUGAGGCUCUAUUCCGUGGCUGCUCCUCACAUGAGGACUUUCCAUCUGUCGUGGAUCGCCUUCAUGAUCUGCUUCUUCUCCACCUUCGCUGCGCCGCCGCUCAUGCCCGUCAUCCGGGACAACCUCGGACUCACCAAGGUGGACAUUGGCAACGCCGGCAUCGCCUCAGUUGCUGGAGCUGUGGUGUCUCGUCUUCUCAUGGGCACCAUCUGCGAUCUCGUGGGGCCUCGCUACGGCUGCGCCAUUCUCAUGAUGAUCACGGCACCUGCCAUCUUCUGCAUGCCUCUGGUGUCCACUCCGGUGGGAUUCAUCCUGGUGCGAUUCUUCAUCGGUUUCUGCCUGGCGACUUUCGUGUCUUGUCAGUUCUGGAUGAGCUCCAUGUUCAACAGCAAAAUCGUGGGAAUCGCUAACGGCACGGCAGCCGGAUGGGGGAACAUGGGAGGAGGCAUCGUUCAGCUGGUGAUGCCCCUGGUGUUCGACAUCAUCCGCCGAGACAUCGGGUCAGAGAAGUUCACUGCUUGGAGGAUCGCCUUCUUCGUCCCCGGCGUGCUGCAAGUGAUGAUGGGACUGCUCGUCUUGACCCUGGGCCAAGAUUUGCCUGAUGGAAACUACGCCGAGCUAAAAAGAGAGGGCGAGAAAGUCAACGACAGCUUCAAAAAGGUAUUUUUGUACGCUGUCACCAACUACCGCACGUACAUUUUUGCUCUGACCUACGGCUAUUGCUUCGGAGUGGAGCUCACAGUCGACAACAUCAUCGCCGAGUACUUCUACGAUCGCUUCGACCUGAACCUGCAAACUGCUGGAAUCAUCGCAUCCACAUUCGGGCUCAUGAACCUGUUCUCUCGCCCUCUGGGAGGAGUCCUCUCCGACGUGGUGGCUGCGAGGUGGGGAAUGAGGGGCCGCCUCUGGAACUUAUGGAUCAUCCAGACUGUGGGAGGAGCUUUGUGCAUCGCCUUGGGUCUGACGGGUCAGCUGGGACCUGCCAUCGCCGUCAUGUUGGUUUUCUCGUUCUUCGUCCAGGCAGCUUGCGGGGCCACUUUCGGCAUCAUCCCCUUCAUCUCCCGAAGGUCUUUGGGAAUCAUCUCUGGCGCCACUGGAGCUGGUGGAAACAUCGGAGCCGUGACCACUCAGGGAAUCUUCUUCAUGAGCUCCAAGUACUCGACGGAGAACGGAAUCAUGCUCAUGGGCAUCAUGAUCGUUGCCUGCACCCUGCCAAUUAUCUUCGUCCACUUUCCCCAGUGGGGAAGCAUGCUCUUCCCCCCAUCCACGGCCACCGAGGAAGAUUAUUACGUCUCAGAGUGGAGCAAGGAAGAGCAAGCCAAUGGUCUUCAUAACGCUAGCAUGAAAUUCGCCGAAAAUGCCAAGUCCGAGAGAGGGCGACAGUCGCCCCCCAGGUCAAAGUCAGAUAAUGUUGGUGCGGACCAGCUCUGAUGGCUUUGAUCAUGGACCUCAGUUGACAAAUUAGAAGUGAUAAGGUCUAUCGUACCUUAAUUCAUUGUCUGUAGGAGUUGAUCGGUGGCAGCUAUUACUCACUUGUCUACCACGAGAUGCGAUUCGAUUCAAUUUGCUCUUCAUAGUACCACACUGGUUAGUCUGGUCAGUAUUAGAUCAGUUCAGCCCCUACCUUUAGAGAUAACUUAAAACAUUAAUGCUUAUAAUACGGGCACCAUCAACAGAAUUCAAGCGCCGCUUAUGGAGUGCGCUACAUUCGACAAUUCCAGUGCUAAAUCGGUCUAUUCGAUGGAUCGAUCGAUUGCGCUGGAUGGUUGGAACGGAUUUAUUUGGAGAUGGGGCUGCGUGGACGAGGUUGUACAUUAUGUAGAUGGUCCAGCGAUAGAUGAAAUUCUUAAACACGUCUUAGACUUGUGCUUUCCGUGUCAAUUCUUUCAGGGUACAUCCCGACGUCCAUUAGAGAACUUUGAAAUUCUGUGUGGAGGCCUAUGCCCGCCCAGCGCGACUAGUUGAGACGCUAUUAGUGCUAGUGCCAUCCAUGGCUGGGAGGAAAUACGAGUUAGAUGGAGCUGGUCUCGAGCUCUGCAACGCUGUCGAGUGCUUCGAUGCCUCCAUGUUCAAUAAAUAUGUGAAUACCACAUUUGUC